AUGGCUGAUUUCGGCCUGACGGUGUACACGUGUAUAGGUCUGCAGAACGACGUACUGAGGGAAGCUCUGACACAGAUCACAGUGGGAUAUCCUAGAAUACUGGAAGAAAGUUCUGGUGGUGGCUUACAUGCUACUCAGUACCUACUUCCUGUCCAUGGUGAUGUCUGCAAUACUGGCCAUGUACUCUUGGUGCACAAGUCCGGAUUUCCAGUGCUUGCUGUGGUUUUGGCUGAUUGGUCAAGGGGCACUCAACGUCAUGGGUCUGGGCCUGAACAUAGCAUACCUCAUCAUGCUGGUCAAUCCGGAGCGGGAUUGUGGAAAACAUACUUUUCGUCAGCAGCACAGUUUGUCGGUCACCUUAUUUUUACGAUCCUGACGUCGAUAGUCCUGACCAGCCAUCUGCAGAACUUGAGAAAGGGUCUGGGGAAGAACCUGCGAAUCUACUUCUCCUCACUGGUACCCAGGGACCUCACCACACACACCAACCACGGAUACCGCACAAGAACUGGUGAAGAAGUGUACGAGGAUGUACGGAAUCCUGGCAGGACGGCGUCCCAGCGAUCUACAACUAAAACUGACGAUUACUACACCUAUCCCAUGGUACCCUUGCCCCCGCCCCGCCCCCGUCCCCUAGCCAAGCCGCCCAGUGGAUUGCCUGAACCUGAAGCUAGUGGGGACGUACCAGGACCUGAAGCCAGCGGAGACGUACCAGGACUUGAAGACAGGCCGCUUAGCGGCGAGUACCUGGACCUGAACCCAUCGGUGUACCAGGACCUGAGGCCAACGGUGUACCAGGGUCUGCAGAAGAACUAGGGUAGAUCGCUUCCAUCCACCUCAGAACAACAAAGGAAUGUCGUUUCCCGUCUGCUGAACAAACAAAUCAUGUGACCCCUACCCUGAUACUAAUUUUUCCACCCCUUUUACCCUAUGACCCUUCCUCCCUACCCUACCCCUCGUCAGGUCAUUUGUGGCUCAACCUUUCACUGUACGGUCACAAUUGUUUGGCUCCCGAUCAUUGUUUCGUUAGGUCACUACCCUAAUUGUGUGCGUUUGUCUGUGAAAUAGACGGGAAACAUAGUUCUCUUCGGAGCUUGCGAAGAACAGAACGGAAUUUACCAUCCCGCGUGAUUUUUCAACGUAGUUUCUGAUAUCACUUUCUGAUUGCUUGUUCUAUUAUACAUGAUACCGCGAUUUCUAUUAAUGACUUUACAAAUCAAAUACACAUUGACAUGUAACAAUUAAUGUAUUGCGGCCAUAUAGGGCAGUAUCUAAAAACUCCGCAAUCGAUAAAGGUAUUUCGACCAUGAAAAGUAUAUUCUCAUGCAGUCGUUUUGAAAUUACUUAGUGUCAUAGUGUGUUUGUCUAAUAAUAUAUAGUCAUACAUGCUAUGUAUACUUUGUAGCUUGUAUAUUUUUCAUAUCAUUUUAUAUAAUAGCCUAGUAGUCACUUUCCCUUUGUCAAAGAAUACCUCAAUUGCAUUAUCUUAAAUUGGAAUUUUUACGUAUAUGCAAAGGCGUGGAUUAUUAACAUGAAUUGGUUGUAAGAAAAGCAUAUUUAAACAUAUAAAAUUAUAAUAUUUCAAUCCCUUUAAAAUAAAUGUUUCUGUACUAAUAUAUGGCUGUAUGAAUAUAAUCUUAGUAGAGGAACACGCAAUGUUUAUAUAUAUAUCAGCAUAUAUGCACAUUUAUACGCGACAAUAAACACAAACACACAUACAUACAUACAUACAUACAUACAUACAACUUAAACAUGCACAACUCAAAAGCAUCAUUACCUUUAAAGGUACCUCCUAGGUAUUAACUAGGUGUAUAAUGAGCAUAUCAUAUCAUAUUUGUUUGAAAUAUUGUAAUGUUGUCUUUUUGAUAAUUUGAAUUUCACUAUAAUUACUGUUUUCAUCAUAAUGCUGGGGAUUAAGGUCACAUUUAAGGUCAAAUAAAACGGACAUUGGCAAUUAGACGGUUUCAGUUGUGACUUCUCUUGAUGCAGUCGAUUGUGGUCCGGAUCUUGUAGAUUAUGUUUUUUUUUUAUUGUAAGCUGUUUUUUUAACAGUGACAAGUUGGAAGGGUAAGGAUACUGACAACCAAAUUUUCGAUGACUAUCAGAUGAGUCUAUCUUGUUCACGGAAAGGCGUAGUCUCGCGAGAGCUCGAGAUUAGGCCCGGGACUUGCAGCUUCCAACUUCUCAAUGUUGAAAGAAUCCUCUAGUAACUGUAUCUACACGAAUGGAUCUCUUGAACGAAGCUGGUUUUGUAUUUAGGUUAUAGAUUACCUUACGUCGGGUAGUUUUUUGGUACGUGCAGGUGAUAUAUGAGAAUGAAAAAGGCUCGUGCUGGAUGCUACCAGAGUUCCCGAAAAUCCAGAUGAGGAUAAGGCAAGGUGAAGGUGAAUAUGGUGUUAUGGUGACGUCAUGACGACUAGAACGAAUAAAGCAGAGACUUUAGAGUGUAUUUUUUCUCUUGGCUUGUUUGCUGUGUAAUGUUGUUUUUGAUAGAGGUCUAGGCGUACCCUAGACUCCAGGUGUAACACUAGGUUUCUUGUGGGAAUUCACCCCUGAAACCAACGAUGAAAAAAAAAUCAAUUAGGUGUUAUAGAGUUUCUAUUGUGAUCGUAAAAUCAAUAUUGUAACGGAACUUUUUUCACAAAUACCAUCAAAAUGAUAUAUGAAGUAUGGAAUAUACUGUGUAAGUGGCAGUUGCUAUUCUUGGUUUUUACAUGGUCACAGAUUCAUAUUCAAGGUUAAAUAAUGCAGACAUUUGGCAAAAUGACGGUCGAAGUUGUGACUUUUCUUAGUGCGGUUGACAGUGGUACUGCAGA